AGAGAAUCAUCAACAACAAAAGGACAACGAACUUACAGCUUGGAGGGAGGAAGUCAAACUACUGCUCAAGAGUUUAAAACAAAGUUUAGGACAAGCCUGCAUUUUCCCAUGAUUCCUUUUGGUUCUCUUGGUAUGCUUCCUAUGCUGUCACUGUAUGUGGGAGCAGUACUAUCGUUAGAUGCAACCCCAGCCUGCACACACCCUCCCUGCAGGGACAAUCUGGUGGCUGCACCCAUCCCACCAGGGACGGGAGCAGGAGCGGGUACCGGGGCCUGUGAGGGUCAGACUGGGACAACAGCCUGCAGGAUGGGGGUUUCACUUCCAGCCAUCUCAGACACUCCUCGGAGGGUGGAACACAGGCACGAUUUCCCACAUGUUCAGCCUAAAACUGGAGGUGUCAAAGAACGUCUAGUUCAGCUGCAGCGCUGCAUGCACUCUAUCCAGGAAACAGGGGGGAGCUGGAGUCACGGGGGGCAGGAGAGCAACUCUCUAGGGGCCAUACUGGCACUAAUGGCAGCUGUGCUGACAGAGUGUGACCUCCACUGUCACAGCCAGGCUCUAGGGGCGAUGGCCAAACGACUGGAGAGUGCAGCCGUGGGAAGAGAGGGGGAGAAAGACCUGCUGCUUUUCCUGAAGAGCAUCACACAAUACCCACCCACAGUUGCCCCAUUGGAGAAGUUACAUCCUCAGGACUGUGCAGAGAUUUACACGCUCGGCAUCAAAGAGAACGGAAUCUACACCAUCCAGCCUGACCUGAGCAGGCCAGCACUGGAGGCUAAAUGCGACAUGGAGACGGCGGGCGGCGGGUGGACAGUGAUCCAGAAUCGUCAGGAUGGUUCGCUGGACUUCAACAGGACAUGGCAGGAAUACAGAGAGGGCUUUGGAAGUCCACAGGGAGAGCACUGGCUGGGGAACGCGGCACUGUACGCCCUCACCUCCUCUGGCCAGCACCAACUCCGAAUCGAGCUGGAGGACUGGCACCAACAGAGACGCCAUGCUACCUACAACAAUUUCAAAAUAGCCUCAGAGGCACAGAGGUAUCGUCUGACAGCACGGGAGUACUCUGGAGAUGCAGGCAAUGCCUUGAGCUACAGCAAACGUUACAACCACGAUGGCAGAUCCUUCAGCACUGCUGACCGAGACCAUGACCGCUAUGCAGCUGGAAGCUGUGGUCAGUACUACGGUGCAGGCUGGUGGUUUGAUGCUUGCCUGGCAGCUAACCUGAAUGGACGGUACUACCGUGGGCGCUACAGCGGGGUGACCAACGGGAUCUACUGGGGGACGUGGUACAUCCUGACAGAUGGACGAACUGGAGAACGCUACUCCUUCAAGAGGGUGGAGAUGAAAACAAGACCCAGGAACUUUGUGGGGACAUCCUAG